AUGGACACAGUCAUAACCUACCUUCCUACGGGGGUGAGCGAAUUGCUCAUGGAGAACUUCAUCAUCUUGGAAGUAGUCGCUAUGUUUUCAACAGGCGCAUACAAUGCCUUUGAAGUCGGCCUCUCUACAUUCAAUCAUUUCACAUACUACCGUGGCUUAUACUUCUGGAGCUUACAAGUGGCAUCGUGGGGCAUUCUGCUCCAUGCAGUCCCUGCUCAACUCCGCUAUCUCGAGGUCGCACCUAAUAUGAACACAUGUAUCCCUUUCUUAAUCGGCUGGUAUGCUAUGGUCACCGGCCAAGCGUUGGUCUUAUACUCUCGUCUCCACCUCGUCGCUUCCGACAUGCGCUCUCUCUGCUGGGUUCUAUGGAUGAUAAUUGGCAACGUAUUCAUCCUCCACGUCCCCAUGACGGUCUUCUUCCUAGGCGUCAAUCUCGGUAACUCGCGCUUUACUCGUGGCGCACACUACUUUGACCGAAUCCAAGUAGUGGGAUUCUGCAUGCAGGAUUUCAUCAUCUGUGGAAUCUACAUCUACGAAGCACUCCGCGCUCUCAAACCCGUCAUCGAAGCCCGCGGCCGUGAAGGCCGACGAGUAAUCAAGCACCUCAUAUUAGUCAACCUCCUCGUCAUAGGUUUGAAUAUAUUCCUCUUGGUUGCAGAGUUCAAGAUGCAUUGGCUCGAGGUCAGCUUCAAGACCGUGGUCUACAGCAUCAAAUUGAAACUUGAAUUCGCCAUCCUUACCCGUCUACGCUUGUUAACCCGCACAACUUCAUGCAUGUGCAAUAAUGGACCGGUCAAUCCACGGCGAUCAAGCGAUAUUAAUGUCUUCGAUAUGGCAAUGGCGCGAUCACGGGUUAGUCCUGAUAUCGAAGCUCCGUCCCUAUUCUUUGGUGUGGAUCCUUCCUCUCGGCGUCUUUCCUUGCGGAAUAGCACGUAUGACUUUCAUCAGGCGCUGCGUGAAACGGCGUCUGUUGAGAAUAUAUUAUCUCCGGUUAAUUCGUGUUAUAUACCUGAUUUGCCCACCGAGAAAGAUUUUCAUCCGAGGAUAGGGUCUGCGGACACAAGGUCUACUGUGGAGAUGGCUUUUAUGGAGUCUUCAAAGUGA